AUGGCGGCCCAUCCCGCCAUUUCGUCAGUGUUAUUUGCUCUCGGGCAAAAAGUUAGAACAUCCAACGUUGGCGGGGUCAUAUCCAAGGCGGACUUGCUUGACGUGAUCGUUGUAUUUUGCGAUUCGGAGGCAUCGGCUUCGAAUGCGGUUCAACGUACUCGUGAGGUGGUGCAACGUAGAGUGAAUCGUUGGUUGAAGACGAACUCUCCGGAAAGAGCCGGCUAUCUACACAUUGUCGACGGUCUCCGGGCACCGCUCUCUGUGGAGUAUUUUGGUCCUGAUGUUGUGGUGGAGGUGCUCCGGCAUUUCGGAGCCGUUAUCACAGAUGAGUCUCGAGGUGACUUUGUGCACAGGAUGCAAGGGAGUGACAGUGCCACAGGAGAGGACAUGGCAAUUCAUCUUGAUCCUCACCCGGCUCCUGCUUGCCCAAAUGCACCCAUCAGCGCGGGUGAAGAUGCUCCAGGUAGAUACCUCACGGUCCCUAGUACGGUGGCCCUGGCUUUGAGACGGAACUUGAGCAACGUGUCCUGUGCUGACCUGGGGUUGGUAAUUCUGGACGACGCUAGCAGGUGGAGUGUGUCUAGGUCAGAGGUAAGGGCUGGGGCAGCUGCCACGGCUUCAAUGCGUGAGUGGCAUGCAGGGAUGCUCCAGGAGAUGUUUCAUCCAGAUGGUGCAGAGGAUUUCAAUCUGUCUUUGCACAUCGUGUCCCAAGAUGCAACGAAUUCUGGAAUCUGGCAAAAGCGCAAGUUGAUUGCUCUUUUGUGUCAUUCUGCCUAUUUGGUGUCGUUGCCGUCCAAAUUCAGAUGGUCCUGGCAUGACAUGUUUCGCGAAAUUCGGGCCAUUGCAGAUGUGCAACCAGUGGAAGAUGGAAGCGGCCAAGGCUCUGUUUCGAUGACGACAAAAAUGCUAAAGAGCAUAAACUGCCCGACAGUGCAUGACUUGGUUGCCAAGCAUGCAGAGCUUAAAGCCGAUGGUCAACAGCGUCAACAGCAUCAACCCUCAGAUGAGAAGCCCGCAGACGCAGAUGCGAAGUUCCUUUGCGUAGAGUGGCGGGCUGACGACUCUGUCCAGUGGCCUGUCCAUGUCUAUGUCUUUGUGACAGACAGAGGACCAAAUGAAGUUCUUGCGCGCAAGAUAUGGCAGUGUGUCAGCUCUGCAUGUGAGCACGUGGUGGUGCUAGGAAGUGAUUGCCUGGAGCAUGCAGCUCAUUUGGUCACAGUCAGCUCACUUAAGCUCGUUGACAAGCUCUUGCCAUUGCAAUUCGAAGGGAAAGGUCGUGCAUGGAAGUACUUUUCAUCGCUUGCGACUUUCUCCAUCACCGUGCGGGAUUCAUCCAAAGACUUUUUCCAGAUGUGGUGUCAAGAACACGGAGAUUUGUCCGGUGUCAAGCACGCCAAAAGUCUUUGGCCGAAGUGCGUGGCAGGACGUUGGAAUUCCUGCAGCGACGUUGAGCGUCGAAUGCACGAUUCUGGUGGGCAGGCUACGGUUUUACCGGUGAUGCGACGACUCAUGGGAGCCAAGCGCGAGGCGGCGCCAGCUAAAGAACACCAGAGCAUCGACGAGAUUGCUGUAGAGGAGACUGCUCAUUACACCCAACAGAUGGGCAGGUGGCGUGCCACCAGCCUCAAAUGCGUGGAGGACCCGUUGUGGUGGACAGUAGCUGAAGCUAUGAGGAUGGCACGUUCGCCUGCACUGCACCUCUCGGUUCCUCGCGGCUUGCAGUCUGCAGCAUGCAUUGUGACAUUGUGUGGCUGUGUGGCUGUGGCAAUGCAAUGCUUAUAA